AUGCGAUGCGUCACGCGGCGCAGUGCGUCGGCAGAGCAUUGAGGGGUAAAACGGACUACGGCAUAAUGAUAUUCGCGGACAAGCGAUUCAGCCGAGCGGACAAGCGCUCCAAACUGCCGCGCUGGAUACAGGAGCACCUCAAGGAUUCACUGUGCAACCUCAGCACCGAGGAGGCGGUGCAGAUUUGCAAGCGGUGGUUACGUCAGAUGGCUCAGCCGUUCACGCGCGAGGACCAGCUCGGCGUCUCGCUGCUGACGCUGCAGCAGCUCCAGUCGCAGGAGCAACAGGACAAGAUCGAGAGACAGGUCAUACAGAAGUGACCGCCGCUCCUCGACCAGGUGGCCACACCACUCCUAA